AGGCGUAAGGACCGGCGUUCACUGCGCAUCUCAUCUGAGCUCGAGACUGAGAGCGCGUUCAUCAUCAUCAUCAUCAUCAUCAUGUCUUCGGCGGAUCACACAGUCAUGCACGGCAUCUGGGGCAGUAACGCACCCGCGGGGAACGCGAUGGAGACGCCGAAGAACAAGGGCUUCAGCCUGAUCAGGAUGAUGUCUCUGAAUUACAGGAAGGAGAAGAAUCCGCAGCAGCAGCAUCACAACAACAUGCCCUUCUUGAUCCACUGCCACAUCGGCAAAGAGAUCAAACACAUAUGCAGCAACUGCAGCCGCGGCAGCCACGCGCAGCGCGCAGAGGAGCUGGAGAACCUGGCCUCCGUUCACGCCGAGGCCCUGGUGUCCGGAUCACACUGCAGGAGCAGGUUUGCCUCUCUGGGACGCCUCUUCAAACCCUGGAAGUGGAGGAAGAAGCAGAGCGAGACGUUCAAGCAGAGGUCGACCGCUCUGGAGAGGAAGAUGUCGGUGCGUCAGAGCCGAGAGGAGCUGAUCAAGAGAGGAGUGCUGAAGGAGAUCUUUGAGAAAGACUCCAGAAUCACGGCUGUGACGCCGGCGGGCCGGAUGCAGAACGGACUGCUCUCAGACUGUGAGCGGACCGCGGAGGACCGACAGAGCACCGCCGCCCUUGACUUCCGCAUGUCUCUGGAUGGAGGAGUAUGUGCUCAGGACAACACGCUCAAGUCGCUCACGCUUCCUCCCAAGAAAACCGUCACCUUCCCCAGUGACCUUCAGGAGCCGCCCGCCAAACCUCAGCUCAUCCACAAACAGCCUCCCGCCCUGCCGCCCAAACCCUUCUCCAGACUGACCAAUCACAGCACAGACUCGUGUCUGCAGGGAAAGCCGUCUCCUCCUCUGCUUCCUAAGAAGCUGAUGCUGUACUCGUCUUCGUCGGGUCAGUGCUGUCGCCCGCUGCAGCUGCAGUACAGCGCCGCUCACCCGUCCAGCCGGAUCAUCCACGAGCUGCAGAAGACGCUGGCGCUCACCCUGCACAGGCUCGACAGCUCUGCGGUUCACGCGGGUCAGUACAGCGCUCCUCUCCCGGCCGUGGUGAUCGACUGCGACGAUGAUAAAGAGAACAUCCCCAACGAGUCUGACUAUGAGGACUUGCCCAGCAUGUAUAAGGAUGAAGAGCAGGAGGAGGAGGAUGACGACGAUGACGACGAUUCGCUCUUUACAAGUUAGUCUUGAAACCGUUUGUGUUUGCUGGUGGG